CCGAUGCCCCAGAAAGCCGAGCGGCUGCCAAGAGGGGAGGAGGGAACCGGCUUCAUCCUCCAAUUCCAUCCCAGAGGAGGCGGAGCUUGUUCGGGGAGAGAUAGUGAUGCUCGGCCAGGUGCCAACAAGUGAGAAGUGAAGAGUCCGAGAGGAGAGAGACGAGCCGAAGAGACGAGACCGAGCAGAACGCCGACCGACAGAACCAGAACCAGAACCAGAACCUGCGCCUCCUCUCUGCUGCCAUGCUGCGUCCGGUGCUGCUCUCCGCCGCUCUGCUGCUCCUCACUCCUCUGGAGAUCUCCGACGCCCGAGCCCUGCAUCCUGCUCCUGAUGCUGCUCAGUUCCUGGAGCAGUUCCUGGAGCGCUACAACGAGCUGCUGACGCUGGACGACCUGGAGAACCUCCUGAACGGCCCGGCCGAGGAGCAGUCCACCUUCUCCUCCUCCGGAACCAAAGCCUCUGACCUCCCCAAGUGGGCCGACGUGCAGCCGGAGACGCCGUGGCUCCGCCUCCUGAAGGGGGCGCUGGCCAAUCAGAAGAGAGCGGAGCCGGACCGGUCGCGGAGGGGGUGGAACCGGGGCUGCUUCGGGCUGAAACUGGACCGGAUCGGGUCGAUGAGCGGACUGGGCUGUUAGUGGACAGGAAGUAGAGACUCUGUAGUUUGGUGUUGAACUGUUAGAACAUCUGUUAGAACCCACCAGAACCUCUGAGGUCCGCUUCAUCUCCGUCCAGCUUGUUCUCCGUGUUCUCUAGCCGUUGUGUUCUGUGGUUCCUCCUGCUGGUUCCUUUCAUGUUUCAUUAUGAUUUGCAUGAAUAAAUGGAUUUGACAUUU